GAACCAUUCAGGACAAGUAUAAAAAAACAGAAGUUGUCCUUCCUAACUUGUAUCUCAACAAGACAAUUAUCUUUCUCUCUGUUAUUCCUCUUUUCUUGAUCCUCAUUAUUCUUAUCUUCCAUUUCUCAACUUUUUUGUACCUAAAAUGGAUCAAAAUCUCCAUUAUCACCAGACCAAACUCACGCACCGAUGUCGCAACUGUGAAGAAGAGGUCAAUAGUACGGAGUGGGAGUUCAUUAGCAUGAGCAAACAAGAAGAAGAUCUUAUUUACAGGAUGCACAAGCUUGUUGGAGACAGGUGGGGACUUAUAGCAGGGAGAAUACCAGGGAGAACAGCAGAAGAAAUAGAGAGAUUUUGGAUAAUGAGACACAGUGAUGGCUAUGCACACAAGAGAAGACAAUUAAGAAAAGUCUAGCACCCAUAUAAUCAUCUAUCCCCAAAAAAAAAAAAAGAUAAAAAACUUUAGAGGAAAGCAGAUUCUCUUUUUCCUCGUCCUCUCUUUUCCAUUUUGUUUGGGGGACCCUACUGAUCAUUUUAUCAUUCUAUUGUCCAUGUACUUCUUACUUUUGGAUUUCUGUCUUUAUCUUAUGACUUUUUGGUGGUUGCUUUUA